UGGAAGUAGAGGGCGGCGUACUUGGGAAUGUCCGCAGGCUGAUCCCGGAGGAUUUCUCGCACCAGGCAUUCGAGGAUGGCCCCGAAACCCCGCGGGAUCCUCAGAUUUACUGUUGUGUCUGCUUUGGACCCAGCCUGGACUCGCUUCAGAAUCAACUGAAGAAAGUGCAGAUGUGUCCAUCAAUGUAGUGAUUGGCCGAGAUCCGUGUCCUGAGAGAACGUACUUCUCCAACCAGCUUUGUUUAGAGUGCCCCUCCGGUCAUUUUUGUCCUGGAAAUCUAUCUGCUGCUCAGAGAUGCCCACCAGGAACAUUCAAUCCAUAUGUAGGGAGAGGCAGCAUCAACGAUUGCAAGCCUUGUUUUCCAGGUCUGAUCAGCUCUGAUGACCGAGUGGACUGCAGGCUGUGCCCAGCAGGUUUCUCCUGCUUUCCACCUGAUGGGAGCCUGUUAUUAUGCCCGCCUGGGAAACAUUCUCCAGAAGGGAUCCUUCAUUGUCGAACAUGUCCUCUGGAUUCUAUGUGCACAUUUGGAUAUGCACACAAGUGUGGGCCUGGUAAGGAGCCUAACUUUGAUCACACGGAGUGUAACGACUGUCCUCCAGGCUUUUAUUCCAACGUGUGCACCAUCCGAUGUCUUCAAUGUCCUGCAGGGAAUUACUGCCCAGAAGGUGGUAUGGCCCAACCACUCACAUGUCCACCUGGCUCGUCUUCCUCACUGGGCCAGACUUCAUGCCAUCAGUGUAAUAACAGCGCCUCACAGUGUGGGGCAGCACUACCCAAGAGCCCGCAGGAGCAGAGGUCGAGUCAACCCAUUGCAUGUGGACCAGGCACAUACAAACACUCGAAAGAUGAUUCCGUCUGUUUUGUGUGCCCAAUAGGUCAUUACUGCGAAGGAGGUGUAGCUGUGCUUUGUCCUGCAGGAACUUAUGGUUCUACAGAAGGUCUGACCAACUGCACGAUUUGUCCUGCAGGGUUUUACUGUCUGGAAGGUCGCUCAUCCAGGCCCUCCACCCAGUUUUUGUGCCCACCAGGCUAUUACUGUGAAGAGGGCACCUCAACCCCUCAUGGGUCACCUUGUCCAGCUGGUACAGUAGGAGAACAACUGGGGCAGACAAGUACGGCAGCUUGUAAAAGAUGCAGCGAAGGACGGUUUUGUCCCGCAGGUUCUUCGGCUCCUGGCUUGCCCUGCGCUCGAGGAAGAUUCUGUCCUGCCGGCACUCGAGAGGAAGUUGUGUGUCCUUCAGGCACUUUCACCCCAAAUCAAGGAGCCAUAGGUUUGAAGGACUGUCUCAAAUGCCCGGCUGGAUUCUACUGUCCCGCGGGGGCAAGCGACCCCGUGCCGUGUCCACCGGGCUCCUUCAACCCCUUAGAGGGUCAGGCGGACUUGGCUGACUGCAGAGAGUGCCAUGCGGGCAAAGCCUGCACUCAGGUCGCUCUAAGGGCUCCAGAUGUAGACUGCAUGCAAGGGUUUGUGUGUCCGCCUGGUUCUUCUAAACCCAAUGCCCCGGCCAAUGCUUGCCCGCCGGGGACACUGAGCGACCGCACGGACACCACGGAUCGUUCCCAGUGUCAGCAGUGCCCGGCCAGAUAUGCUUGUCUUCGAGGAACAGGUGGCAUCCAAAGACCCCCACUCUCCUGUUCUGUUGGACAUUAUUGUCCACCUGGCACCAAAUUCCCCACCCAAUACAAAUGUCCAGAGGGGACUUGGAGCAGUCAAAGUGGAUUAGAAAGUGAAAGCGAAUGCCAGCCGUGCCCACCGGGCUGGUAUUGUUUGGUCGGGUCAGGAUCGCCUUCGGGACGAUGCAGCUCCGGACACUACUGUCCUGAAGGGACGGCAUAUGGCACCCAGUUUCCUUGCCCUGCAGGCAUGUACAGCCUCCACAUGGGCAACAGGCAGAAAGAAGACUGCCUGCCUUGCCCUGAAGGCUCAUUCUGUCCUGAAGGCACCUCCAAACCUGGCCCUUGCCCACCCGCAACGUUCCGCCGUCUGAAAGGAGGUCAGCGAGUGGAGGACUGCUCCGCUUGCCCGGCGGGCUAUUUUUGUGCCCACUCAGCCACUGUCAACCCAAGAGCGUGUGGAGCCGGCAGCUACUCCGACGAAGGGUCUGCGAAGUGUUCCCCGUGCCUGCCGGGCCACUUCUGCAGCAACGAGACCACAAGUGAGGAAGUCAUGCUGAGCGUCAUGGUGUGUCCCCCGGGCUUCCUCUGCGCCCAGGGCUUGGCUCGAGACCCUCGUCGCUCGGCCACCCUCUGUCCCCGUGGCUUCUACUGCCGUGGAGGAGGCAUCGAUCCCAACCCUGUUCCCUGCCCGAAUGGUACCUACAGUGAAUAUCCUGGCCUAAGCGAUGUCAGUGAGUGUGUGCCUUGUCCUGAGGGGAAGUACUGUUACUCGAAACAUCCCGAAGAGCACCCUAUCACCAUCCCUACGGGCCUUUGUCCUGAUGGCCAUUAUUGCUCAACUGGUACUGGAUACCCGUAUUCCUACCCCUGCCAAGUUGGACAGUACAGGAGCAACGCAGCAGGUCACAGUGGAGCGGUGUGUGUUUCAUGUCCGCCCAGACACUACUGCGACAAACCAGGAGUUGACACACCUUCAGUUUGCCCUCAGGGAUUUUACUGUCCCGAGGGUUCCUUUUUUGCUCAUCCUUGUCCUGAGGGGAGCUAUGGAUCGCGUUCUGCUCUCGGAGAUGAAGGUGAAUGUUCCCCCUGUGGAGGAGGUCGGUAUUGCACCGGUGUGGGACUGGCAAAGCCCUCUGGAAUCUGUGAGGGGCGAUUCUACUGCAGAGAAGGCUCCAAGUCUGCAACUCCAGUGGACGGCCAUACAGGUGGUUUGUGUCCACCAGGAAGCUACUGUCCUCCAGCGUCCUCUUCUCCCUCCCCCUGCCCGCCAGGCACCUUCAGCAACAUUUCUGGUCUAAGUAGACCUGAAGACUGUGUCCGCUGUCCACCAGGUUUGUAUUGUUUAGGUUCUAACAACACAGCGCCAUCAGGCUGGUGUUCUCCUGGUUAUUACUGCACGGGCGGCUCAGCCGCACCUACUCAGAAUGAAGCACAGCCGGGUCACUAUACUUUGGAGGGUGCAUACAGGCCUGAGCCAUGUCCUCUUGGGACUUUCCAGCCGGACCGAGGUGCACGGUCAUGUGUGGCGUGUCAAGGAGGACGACUGUGCAACCAGACAGGCUUGCACCAGCCAGCACCAUGUCCUAAGGGACACUAUUGUCCUCCACCAUCCUCUGUUGCUCGCCCAUGUCCUCCUGGCUUUUUUGCGGAUCAGCCGGGUGGGGAAGACGUGCAGCAUUGUCGGCCGUGCGAGGCGGGAUGGUUUUGCAGCAAGCCCGGCCUGCCGGACCCGGAGGGGCUCUGUGACCCCGGACACUACUGCACAUCUGGAGCACCGACAGCCUUCCCAGUUGCUCUGGACUCAGGGGGAAUGUGUCCAGCAGGGUAUGUUUGCCCCAGAGGGACCAAACACCCUCAGCAACAUCCCUGUCCUGUGGGUACCUGGAGUAACACAGUAGGGGCCCCAAACUUCUCCUUUUGCCUGCUCUGCCCUGCUGGACUUUACUGCAACUCGUCCGGACUCACCCAGCCUUCUGGAACAUGUGACACCGGCUUCUAUUGCUCAGGGAGGGCAGUGUCCCCAAAGCCUUUGGAUGGCAUAACAGGGGACCUUUGUCCAGUUGGGCACUACUGUCCCGUUGGCUCAGCCUCCCCUACACGCUGCCCUGAUGGGACGUCCACAAACACAACUGGUGCGGAAACAUGCCAUGAAUGCCCAUCAGGGAGCUACUGUCUAUCCGGGGAGGGCAUCCAGCACUGCCCGUUGGGUCACUAUUGUCUUGGAGGGGGUGUUGAUGGCAUCCUGCCUUGCCCUCCUGGCACAUACAACCCUCAGUUAGGCUUGAGCCAAGUGGAGCAAUGCCGUAUUUGUCCAGCAGGCUUCUACUGUAAAGACUGGGGUCUGCCAGAACCCACAGGGCCCUGCAAUGCUGGUUAUUAUUGCAUAGCAGGUGUUAACAUCGAAACUCCGGAUGGAAACUACAGCACUGGAGUUGGAGGAGCUUGUCCAGAGGGAAGAUACUGCCCAGAAGGGACCGGUCUCCCGCUCACAUGUCCCCCAGGAACCUACUCAGACAGUCGUCAUCUGACUGACGUUUUGGGCUGUAGCUCGUGUCCAGCUGGUCACUUCUGUGCUACUGAAGGUUUGAGUCGGCCUUCCGGAAAAUGUCAUCAAAGAUUUUACUGUCCAGGGGGAGACUCAGCAGCCACAGGCUCCGAAGGAGGUCUUUGCCCAACUGCUCAUUACUGCCCGGAAGGCAGUGCAAGCCCAGCGCCCUGUCCGGCUGGAUCCUACACAAACCUCACCGGCCAGUCUGUGUGUUCGCUCUGCUGUGCUGGCUACUACUGCCCGGAAAAGACGAGCGACUUUAGCCACUUUCCCUGUCCGCCUGGAUUCUAUUGUCCUGAUGGUACCAAACAUGCCACGCAGUACCCGUGUCCUCGAGGCUACUACAACCCAGAACCCAUGACUCAAAGCCUGGACAGCUGCCUUCCGUGCCCCCCUGGACACUACUGUGAAAAAGAGAGGCUGACAAACGCGUCUGGAAAAUGCAAAGCUGGUUGGUUCUGUGUGUCAGCAGCCUGGAACUCGCAACCUUUCGACCUGGAUAAUUACACCAACACUAACUGUCUGUGUCCAGCCACUGCCACCGGGGGGCGCUGCCAGGUGGGCUUUUAUUGCCCUUCAGGGAGCUCGGAGCCGCUGCCUUGUCUGCCUGGAGCCUUCUGUAACGUCUCAGGUUUGGCCUUGCCGAUGGGCCCCUGUUCUCCAGGUUUUUAUUGUGUAGGAGGAGCCACUGAGGGGAAGCCAACAGAUGGAGAAACAGGCAACAUCUGCCCAAGUGGGACAUAUUGUGUUGAAGGCUCGGGAGAACCGGAGUUAUGUCCUGCCGGCACUUUUUCACCAGUGCCUGGCUUGACCACCGAGUCCGACUGUCAGCCUUGCCCUGCAGGGUUCUACUGCCGUGCACCGGGUCUCAGUGCACCAACUGGGCCCUGUGAUGAAGGUUAUUGGUGCCCAACUGGUCAGAUCGUUUCGAAAGCUCUGCCAUGUCCACCUGGUCAUUUUUGCUUAACGGGCAGUGCAGCUCCAGAGCCGUGCCCACUAGGAACCUACCAGAACAGGGAAAAACAAUCCGCCUGUGUUACCUGUGAGGCAGGUUAUUUCUGUGAUCUCCAACUGGAUCCAGCCAUUGGCGCCUUGCAGAGGCCGUGCCCAAAAGGGCAUUACUGCCCUGCAGGCACAAGCGCGCCCCAGCAGCACCCUUGCCCUGACUUUCUGAGCCUGCAGGUUUGA